UAAGGUCCAGAAAACAAAAAAACUACGCACAAAGAGAGAAAGCUAUACUUCAAGAGCUUCAAAAACUUUAUGUAGAUGGAAACUACCAUGUUCACCGAGUUGAUCCCGAGUUUGCCUCAAGAACUCGGUCUUGAGUGCAUGACUCGGCUGCCUUACACAGCUCACAGAGUUGCUUCCCAAGUUUGCAAGCAAUGGUGUGACUUACUGGAAAGCAAGGAUUUUUAUUACCACAGGAAGAAACUUGGCUACACCCAUAAAGUUGCUUGUCUUGUUCAAGCUGUUCACGGGGCUGAUGUUUUACAGGGAUCCAAACAAGGUAACUCACCGUGUUUUGGGAUCUCUGUGUUUGACUCAGCGAGUCAGACAUGGGAGAGACUCGACCCGGUGCCCAAUUAUCCGAUCGAGUUGCCCUUGUUUUGUCAAUUGGCAAGCUGUGAAGGGAAGCUCGUGGUCAUGGGUGGGUGGGACCCGGUGAGUUAUGAACAGGUGAGUCAUGUUUUUGUGUAUGAUUUCACAACAAGGAAGUGGAGAGAGGGGAAGGAGAUGCCUUCCAAGAGGUCCUUUUUUGCUAUCGGGUCCUAUUCAGGUCGGGUUUAUGUCGUGGGCGGGCAUGAUGAGAAUAAGAAUGCAUUAAGAACUGGGUGGGUUUAUGAUUUGAGCAAGGAUGAGUGGACUGAGUUAGCUCAAAUGAGUCAAGAGCGAGAUGAGUGUGAGGGAGUGGUGAUCGGGGAUGAGUUUUGGGUGGUCAGCGGAUAUGGGACCGAUAAUCAGGGGGCAUUUGAGGGGAAUGCUGAGGUAUAUGAAUUCGGGUCGGGUCAAUGGAGGCAGGUGAAGAAGGCAUGGAUUCCGGGCCGGUGCCCGAGAUCUUGUGUUGGGGUAGGGAAAGAUGGGAGAUUGAUGAGUUGGGCUGACUUGGACCCGAUGGUUCGAGCCGGGGUUCGUGGGAUCCCGUUGGGCUCUCGGGUCAUGCUUACCGGGUUGGAUAACCAAGGUUCACCCGAAGAGUUCUAUUUGAUAGAAAUGAAAGAUGGUCAAAAUGGGAAAUUGGAGAAGAUCAUUGUGCCUGAUGAGUUCUCAGGGUUUGUUCAAUCUGGCUGCUGCGUGGAGAUCUAAUGGAAAGCUGCCAUUUGUGGGCAUGCAAGAUCAAGUAUAAAAAGGGUUAUUAAUAUCGUAUGCCAUCGAUCAAUUUUUGUACCCUAUAACAUGCAUGAACAAUGGGGGAUCGAAAGAAAAGGGAAAACACAAGCCAGAUGUGUCAUGUUCAGAGAGGAGUUGAAUUUGGCCGGGUACCCAAAUACAUACACAGAGUGCCCGGCCCUCUUUGCACAAAUUCAACCCUCUAUGCUUUCUCGCUGUAGCAAGUGCUCGUUUGGCAAUGCGAUGCACUAUAAUAUAACCUAUGUUUCCUUGACAAAAACAUUAAAAAUGAUGUUUUUACUCUGAUAUACACGCGUUUGUAACCCAAAAAAAGCUGGUAUAUAUUAGCUUGUAUACUGAAUGAUAUUGCCAUGUAAUGAAUACUUGAGAUGAAAGGUAAUGAUAUUGCCAUGUAGGCUUGUUUUGGAUA